AUGCCAUCCCCCUCCGAGUUCUCGUCCCAGGCCCGCCGCCGCGGGCUCGGCGACAACACCGCCAAACCGCCGGCCAAGCCCGGCUACUGCUACGACAUCCACCUGACAGACGACCACCCGUGUGCGCCCUCCCCGCCGCAAAUCUUCAGCUCCACCAACGCCGAGCUCUGGAUCCACGGCUGGCCAGCCACGGCGCACGAACACCAAGACUACUUCGCGGAGUGGGAGCACCCGCCGCCAAAACACCACCAGCACCAGCAACCCCCGCAGCACCAGCCGCAGCAGCACCCAAUACCCCUCGUAAAACCCCACGCCGGCCACGGCACCUCCCACACGGAGCUGACCAAGCUCUCCGGGCGGGAGUACGCGCUGCGGGCAGCCGACCCGUCCGACUUCGCGUCGGUGUGGGAGCACUCGAUCCUGCCGCUGCUGAGCGGCCUGAUCAAGGAGCACUGCACGGGGGAUUUUGCCGUGGACGUGCACAACUUCCCCGAGCGGUCGGCCGAGGCGGUGCCGCGGGUGAUCUACAUCACGCUCCCCGCCGAUAUGGACACGGCGGCGCUGGAGCCGGCGGUGCGGGGGGAGCUGGCGCGGGCCGUGCCGGAGCGGUUUAACCCGGUGUAUCUCAAGUUUCGGAAGGGGGAUUUGCAGAGGUCGCAGUGGUGUCCAGAGCCCAUCGUCGGCAUGUCGAUCGGUCCCGCUAAGGGGCUGGACGCGGCAUCGCUAGGCGGUUUCGUAAGGGUCGGACAAAACCUCUACGCCAUGAGCGCGCGCCACGUUUUCGAAGACGCCAUGAGAGUGGGCCAGCUCCGUGUCAGCCAUCCGGCCGACCCAGACUUGCAGCUGGUUGUGCCGCCGGACCCAACGGGUAGGCAGUACGGCAUCGGGAGAGUGUCCAUGUGCUCGCCGGCCGGGACGUACCGGUCUUCGCUGACGUUUCAGGGGAUUCCCGUUCCGGAGGAUCAGAAGAAGGUGGAGAUGGACUGCAUGGAGAUGAACGGGGGCGUUGCCGUGAAGAGUGUGGCUAUGGUGAAGGGCAACACGGAGGUGUAUGCCAUGGCUCGGACGAGUGGCUAUUCCCUCGGCUUCACCUCCGAUGUUCCAGGCGUUCGGCGAUACAAAGGGCAGGAGAGGAGGGACUGGACGGUCCGCCAGUACUCACCCUUCAAACUCCCCAAGGAGGGUCAGGCCAGCUCGCCGUGGCAAACCGUGAGGCAAUGGGUAACGAGCGGCAUUGGCGUUCCGGGCGAUUCCGGGGCAUGGCUGAUUCAGCGGUCUGAUGAUGCUGUCGUGGGAUUAAUUUGGGGUCGCAAUCACGACAGCGGGAACCCGUUCGAAAAGGUCCGGUUCGCCUACUUCACCCCUAUUGUCGACAUUCUAGCCGAUGUGGAGCAGAACCAUGCGGAUGGGCAAGGGGUCUCUCUGCCGGUAUACCGGGACCAGGGAUUACCGCGGGACGGUCGAUAUCGCAACUCUCGCGCGCCAGUAACGGCGGACAUGUCCCGCGACCCGUGGAACAUCUUUACCACAAGGUCAAUCCAAGAGCAUCGCCAGGCCCAAGUCGACCUCAUCGAGAGUCGGUUCGUCGGUACCAGCGUGCCCGCGAUGGAAGCAACAUUCGACCGACGGCCCUCGCCUCCAACCGAGCCCGCAACGGACAGCACACCGGGCCACGGUGUGGUAAAAGGCUCCGUCCUCACAGUUGAUCCGCCAACACCUGCGCCUCGAAGCGAAAGGGGUGGCUCAAUAUCGACAUCGCGUUCCCAAGAAAGAUUGCUACUGGGAUUGGGCGCGCAUUCCGCACCCGACUUGUCUCUGCCGGAGCUCACGACCGGGUCCUCGAUACAUUCGGGCCCCAGCAUAGGGAGUGAUAAGCCUGAUGCUGUGGCGGAGGGUAACGAUGUUCAGGUGGUUGGGGAGCUCGACGCUGGCGAAGAGAUCGCUGAGAUCGAGGAGCCCAUUCGCGCGAAGGCGUCGUUUGCCCCGAAGUUUCAUCAAGUGUCACCGGGACGGGAGCGGAUCCUGAUGUAA